AUGCAUAAUUCAUACGUAAUAUGUGGUCUCUCAGACGAUGAUUAUGGUGGUGGUGUUCGACGUCUUACCCUAGUUCUUUCAAAGAUUAUCGAAACCGCAUUCCCGAACGGCAAAUCUUGCCUCACACCGAGCGAUGAUGGCGCCACUCGAGUGGAUACCGAAAGCCAAAUCCAACAACAGCAGAUUCCGCAUCGCCUUUGA